AAAAAGAUGAGUUUCCAGAUUUACAGUUUAAAACUGCUUAUUUUUUAAAAAUUCUUCAAACGUUAUGAAGUUCUCACAACUCAUUGUUAACUAACUUGCAGUACAGACAGUUUCCCACUUCCCUCCCUUCCUUUAGAGGUGAGAAUGUUUGGAGGCUAUUGUUACAUGAUACAAUGCUUUGACAAAGGUCAGGCUCGACUAUUAAAUCCUCUGUCACUGAUAGCCAGGGAGAAGGGGUUCUGUUUUGGCCACCUUAAUAUGUCACAUCGAUGCCAGCCGAUGCAGUCCACACAUCCCCCUCUGUAGCCUUAUUUAUGAGGGCUGGGACAGGAGUCUGGAAAGAAUGGUCUGAAGAGAAGCAAGUAUUUCACAUGUCUGCAUAACUCUGACUAUGCUGCUUCUAGUAGCGCUGGGGUUAGUUUUUCCUGUCCUUGUGGUCGCCACUGAGAUGGCAGAAAACAGCAACCACAAGCCAACAACACCGCUCUUUAACUACAGUGGGAUCUCACUGCCACCAGAGCACAUACCCUACUUCCUCCACAACAACAAGAGGGUAGUAAAGCAGUGCCGCCUGGACCCACUUUGUCCUUUUCAAGAUGCACUGCAGGAUCUGUCAGCCUGUUGGGGUUAUGAAAAGAACUGUGACCAAGAGAAACGCUUCAGCUACCCUGCCUGCACCAAAGCUGACUCUGGAUGGGCUCGUUCGUUGGACGCAGCCCGAGAACUUUUCUGGAAGCAGGCUGAUUUCGGCUAUGUGGGCGAGCGUCUCUCUGAGCUCAAAACACUCUGCAAGGCCAACAAUCCAGAGGAUUCGUCGUUAAGGUGUACUCGCCACGCCAGAUUCUGCAGAGCAACAAACCUUUACCUGGACUUGCGGCAGCCACGCAGAGGUCACGAGAGGUUCCAGGAGGACUUCAUUCAAAUGGGAGAAAUUGGAGGACAUUGCAAACUGAACAAGCAGGCACUUGCUGCUGAAGGAGAUCAUAAGAGUCCUCUGCAGUCUUGGUACGCUGAACUCCAGACGUACACAGAGCUGGACUUUCAUCCCAUGACAGAUGGACACUGUGACAUCAUUAUCGAAAAACCUACAGUUUUUAUGAAGCUCGAUGCUGGAGUGAACAUGUACCAUCAUUUUUGUGACUUUGUCAACUUGUAUAUCUCUCAACACAUUAACAACUCCUUCAACUCAGACAUCCUCAUCGUCAUGUGGGACACGAGUUUUUAUGGGUAUGGAGAUUUGUUCAGUGAAACAUGGAGGGCCUUCACAGAUUAUGACAUCGUCCAUCUGAAGACCUAUGAUUCCAAAAGAGUUUGUUUCAAAGAUUCCUUCUUCUCUCUUCUACCAAGAAUGAGAUAUGGCCUUUUUUACAACACACCCCUCGUUUCAAACUGCUACACUGAGGGGAUGUUCAGGGCUUUUUCCCAGCAUGUUCUGCAUCGCCUUCAUAUCCACCAAAACAAACCAAAGGAGAGGCAUGUUCGUCUCACCCUGCUGGCACGCAGCACAGAAUACAGGAGGAUAUUAAACCAAGAGAAGCUGGUAAAUGCCCUCAAGACGGUGCCUCUGUUGGAGGUCACUGUGGUGGACUACAAAUACAAAGAUGUUUCUUUCCUGAAGCAGUUGGAGAUCAGCCACAACUCUGACAUCUUCAUAGGAAUGCACGGGGCUGGUCUCACUCACCUCCUCUUCCUCCCUGACUGGGCGGUCAUAUUUGAGCUAUAUAACUGUCAGGAUGAGAGCUGCUAUCGAGAUUUGGCUCGUCUGCGGGGCAUUCGAUAUGUGACUUGGCAGAAAAUGGACAAAGUGCUCCCACAGGACAAGGGUCAUCAUCCCACACUUGGGGAUCAUCCAAAGUUCACUAACUACUCCUUCGACGUGGUGGAGUUCAUGCGGAUUGUGAUGGAGGCAGUCGAUUAUGUCACUCACCAUCCCAAGUGGUCGCACAGUGACCGUCAUGAUGAGCUUUAGAAUGUCUAAUAGUUCUCAGAGAGAGGAACUUCUCAACUUCACUGUGACAAAAGACGUCAACAUGUUAUUUUAUGUCCCCAUUUCCCAAUGGCAGGGGAUGUGCCUGGCUCCUUUCUGUGUGUGUGUAUAUGUGUGUGUGUGGGUGUGUGUGUGUGUGUGUGUGUGUGUGUGUGUGUGUGUGUGUGUGUGUGUGUGUGUGUGUGUGUGUGUGUGUGUGUGUGUGUGGGUGGGGCGUUUCGCCGUAUCUUUUGCGUUUCAGUGCCUCUGCUGCUGAUGGCUAGCUGGGGAGGUCUAGUGUCCCACACUCGGGGGAAGUUUGCUCCCCUUUCUCAUAUGACAUUUCUGGAGGGUCCUUCAGGAGAAAGAUGGUCUAUGAGACACAUAUUAGUACACGUAAUAGGGAAAAUUCCCCCUAUUUUUCUGAGUAGUGCUGCCCACUCAUGUCUUUAAUUGCACUUUAGACAUGUAGGUUCCUUUGGUGAGGGGAGGGGGUCACUUGGACACCACCGCCACAGGAGGUGCUGAUCCUCUGUCCCCUACCUUGUUCCUCUGCCCCAUGCUGGACCCACCGUGGGGCCGGCUGGUGACAUGUCUGGAGUAUGGUGCGGGCACAAUCAUUUGUGUUUGUACUGAUAUUUCAGCAUGUCUAUGUGCAUGAAACAAAACUUUUCUUUAGUUAAUAACUGCCUUAGCAAUAAUGAUAAAGCUCCAGCAACUUAUGUUCAUUUUUAUGUUACUUCUAUUUCUAUCUCAUCCACUUUUUUGUCUAUUUGUUUCUUUGUGUGAACUCUACCUAUAGUUUUUUAAUGUCUUUCUCCCUUUAUUCACGCUCCCCUGGUCUCUCCAAAAAUUCCCCUCUUCUGUCCAGUUUGAAACUUAAAAUGGAUUACCGGUAUACAGUAUAUUGAAAUAGUUCUUAAAAUACAGUUUAGCCUCCAACGCAAAGGGGGGGGGGGGUUUACAAAAAUACAACUUGUCUCCAAAAACCAUAAAAUCUGUCUCAACUUAAGAGGUUAUUAUUUUCUCUCCAUUUGCUCUGCAACUGGAUGGAACAGGUAAAACAAAUAGUACUUUUGCACAUAUAUGUCAUGGGGUGGGGGUUGUUUGUCACCUCUUUUUGCUGUUUUGAUAGGUCUGAAAAACUGAAAGCAGUUUGGUGACAGCUGGAGUUUGAAUAGCUUUCACAAGCUCUAUUAGUGUCAGAUCAGUUAAAGGGGGGCUGGAGCUGAAGUAGCUGGAGAGCAAUAAGAUGUCUUCUAUGUUUCUUCAUUACCUCCGCUGUGGCUACUUCGUUCCCCGCCGUCAAUGUUGGUAAAUGAGCUGCUGUUGUCACAUUCCUUUGCAUGUAACAUCUUGUCCAAUUGGAUCAGCGUCACUCUGAUGAGAGUGUCUGGAGAGCUGCUGACAAUCAAACCGGAGUUUCUUAACAGAGCCAACGUAACUUGAUUUGAUGUUGUGAGCUGUUAUUAUUCUGGAUUCAUCCAUGAAGUAUUUUUUUUUCUUUCAGUUAGACUGACAAGGCUGCACUAAGGUUUCCACUACAUGAUGAAGGUGCCCAAUGUAAUUACUGACAUAAACAUUCUCAUAUUAUUCAGGUAAAUUACAAGAUAACAUAUAUAUUUAUUUUAUAAAAAAAAACUAUCAGUAUACAAAUAGAUGAAAAAUAUAUAUGCUCUAAUAAGCUGCCCAGCUGUCCGAAGUGUGAUAGCACCACUAACGGUGACAUAGGUGAGCUCAGUAAACGGUGGCUAGUUCAGCAUCCAGGAUGCAGAAAUAUCUCUAUUCUGUAUUAAAUUUUCCAUUCUUAGCGGGCACAGCAUUUCAUCUCUAUAGGUUUGUUUAUCAAAGCACAUGCAUAGGGAAUUCUUUAAAAUAUGCUUUACAAGACACACAAAAUAUACCUUAGAUAUUUUUUGGUUGUUGGCUAAAAUAUCAAAACAAAAGAAUUAACAUGUUUGGGUUCUUCAUCCACACUUUAUUUUUGUUUACACAUAUGUCUGACAUUAGUCACAGAUACUGCUGAAGUAGUUCAUGUGUUCCUUUUUUUAACUAAUUGUUAAAUUGGUUUUUGUACAAACUGUUUUAUUUUGUAAAAAAAAAAACAAGGUUAAUGGUCAAAUGAACAAGGUGCUGCAAAUGUUACCCUCUAAACGUUCUCUGUGUGCUUUUAUAUUCAUAUUUUGUAACAACAGUGACUGAAAGAGAAUGAGCACAAUGAUAUGUCCUCUCAUGAAGUGCUCUGAAAUUUGUGUGUUUUUUUUUUUUUGGAGGGGGGUGUUAAUGUUUUAUUUAUCUGUGUAGGUAGGCAUGUGCAAUUAAGUUUGACCUUUUUGAUUAUUACUUCACAAAACAUCUUUUACAAGAGUUUUUUUCAAAAUAAAUCCUUCCAAAUGGAGACUAUACACA